CAGUAGCAAUUCAUACUGAGAGGUUGAGUCCAAAGAAUCAACUGCAAAGUUCUUAUAAAAGAAGACCAAACCUUUCAAGAAAAAAUAAUUGAUGAUAAUGUUACUAGUUAAUUAUAUAAUGUUUAAAUUAGAAAAUAGAAUCAACAGAAUCAUGUUAAUAAUAAGAAGUAUAUUGGACACCAUCGAAUUUCUGAUUUUAUUUUGCUAUUACUGUUUGGAGGCAUUCAUUUUAAUGUUUUUUUGUCUUCAGAAAAAUGUUGCUGGAAAAAUAGUGCUUGUCACAGGAUCUGCAAAUGGAAUUGGGAAAGAGAUUGCCAAAAAUUUUGCACGUCUUGGUUCCAUCCUCGUUCUCUGGGACAUUGACGAAGAAGGUAACAGUGAAACAGCAGAGCUUGCCAAAGCCAAUGGAGCUCUAGCCGUUUAUACCUACAAGUGUGACCUACGCAAAAGAGAAGAAAUCUAUACAGUGGCUGAACAGGUUAAAAGGGAAGUGGGUGAUGUAGAAAUCCUAAUCAACAAUGCAGGUGUGCUGAAAGGAAAGACUUUCGUUGAUCUUCUUGACUCAGAUAUAGAAGAAACAUUAGAAGUGAACAUUGCUGCUCAUUUCUGGACUUGCAAAGCCUUUCUUCCAGCCAUGAUUGCUCGCAAUGAAGGUCAUUUGGUUUCUAUUGCUAGUGUAGGAGCACUAGCAGGGAGCAAUAAACUCACAGAUUAUAGUGCAAGUAAGUCUGCAGCAUUUGGAUUUUUGGAAUCUCUCGCUUUUGAAAUGAGAGCUGCAGGAAAGAAAGGCAUUAAAACCACCAUUGUCCUUCCUCCAUAUGUCUACACAGAAUUGGUUACAGGAGUACAAACAAUCCGGCCAUUUAUAUUUCCUAUCUUGGAUGUAGGUGAUGCUGGGAAGAGGAUUGUGGAUGGCAUUCUGAAAGAGAAACUUUAUGUUGUCUUGUCAGCAUUUGCUCGAUUCAUUGUUCUUAAAAUAUUUCUUCCUGAGAAAGUGGUAGUCCUUCUUGUACAAUAUCUUGGUCUCUUGAAUAAUCUAGAUCACUUCAGAGGUGAGAUUCAUAGAGGACAGGCAUCAAAGGACUAAAUGAGAAUGGCUUCAGCAAAUGAAAUGACCCCAAGAAACCUGAUCAGAUGGAGCACUGGAUACUCUGCUGAUUUUGCAAUAAACAUAGCACCAAGUUCUGAGUGAAUAUGAGCUAUUCCAUCCUCAAAGUGACUGGCAAACUGCUUACAGAAGAAAAUCAAGGGUUCCAUUGCUGAUUUCUCUGUGCCUCAUCCCAAUCGGCUUUUCACCACUUGGAAUAAAAGCAGUGGGUGACAUGUUGUGGAUGAAAAAGUGAAGACAGGGUUUUGCUUUUUGCUAACAAUGUAUUUGUCUUUUUUAAAAGGCACAGUUUGAAGCAGUAAACACACAAUUGAAACACUCAUUUAUCAACAGCAUUAUUUGCUGUGUUUGUCUCCCCUUCCCUCUUAACCAGUCAUUUUCUAUCUCUUUUCCCCAUCUAUUUCUGUCCUGCAUCUUGAUCUAUUCCCUUUACUUUACUUCUCUAACUAGUUCCUUAGUGGGGAUACAGGAGAUUAGUUUCAUGCUGGGAUUCUGUUAAGACAAGUGUAGCUCAGUUGUCUAAUGCAUUCAAAUCUGGGUAAAUGUCAAUUUAAGAUAAUUUAUAAUUGUGCAAUAAACAUGUCAUAUGCCAUUUCUUUUGGAGGUUGCA